AUAAAACCAUAACCUACUUGAUUUCAAUCAAGAUUUCCUAAAGGCAACAAUGGUGGGGUGGAGGAUUCGAGCAGACAUGGAGAAAAUAGACGUUGGACGAGUUUACAUGGACAUUGACGAUUUCUCUGCUCAUGAUAUUGAUGAAAUGAUGGACAUCAUUUGCUGCGUGGAGGAAGGUAAGCUAUUGUAUUAUCACUUCAAAAGACCAUUAUCUGAUUUAGACACUGGUUUGUUUGCUUUGGCUUGUGAUAGUGAUAUUAACCACUUGAGGAGAUAUGUGGAGAAACAUACACUUAUUGAAGUUUUUACAAAGCAUAGUAAGAUAAUCUUGAAGACAUAUUUAACAUCCCCUAACCCUAGUAAAGUUAAGAUUGAGGAAAUUAUUGAACCCCUUGCACGUUCUAAAAGGAUUUUCUUAGAAUGGAAGACAUUAAUAACAUGGGAUUGUAGUGGUUCUACCAUACCAGAAGUUGACCAAUGUGGAAAACCCCCAAAUGAACCUUAA